CGAUAAAAGAAUCCAUGUUGUUUAUUCGCACGAGGAUGAGUCCGCAUCCUCAUGCAAGUUUUUGCUAUUUUAUACGUUUCAGAUCUGCAAAAGCUUCAACUUUCCUUCUCUGUCCACAGUCCAAAUGAGAAGUCAAAUGUUUUCUCAGCUUGUCUUGAUCCAACUACUCACCAUCUACUGUAGAAUUAAUGAAGUAGUGGCAGCUAAUUCUAGUAAAUGUCUUCAGGAUCAGAAGAUGUUGCUGUUGCAGCUCAGAACUAAUCUUACUUAUGAUUCUGAAAUAUCCACCAAGCUGGUGAAGUGGAAUCAGAGGAUUGACUGCUGUCAAUGGCAGGGCAUCACUUGCAAUGGUGCAGGUCAAGUUAUCGGUCUUGACCUUACUGAUGAAUUGUUCUCAGGCAGUAUCCAUCCGUUAGCAAAUCUUAAAUUUCUAUCUGUAAUCCGUCUUGACCGGAACAAUUUAUCUGCUCCAAUUCUAGACUUCUUUUUGGACUUAUCCAAUCUAACUGUCUUGAGUCUAAGAUCCUGCAACUUGAUAGGACAAGCACCUCAGAAGAUAUUCCAGGUACCAACUCUGCAGACUAUUGACUUGUCACAAAAUGAAAUGCUUGGAGGUUCUUUACCUGAAUUUCCUUCAAAUGGAUCUCUACAAACUCUGGUUCUAAGCAAUACAGGAUUCUCAGGAAGUAUACCCACGUCCAUUGAGAACCUUAGCAUAUUGUCACAAGUUGACCUUAGUUUAUGUAAUUUUAAAGGUCCAAUUCCGUCUUCUAUGGUAAAAUUAACCAAACUUGUUUAUCUGGAUUUCGACCGGAAUAGCUUCACGGGUUCAUUUCCAUCUUUUAAGCUGUCCAAAAACCUCAGUUAUAUUAACUCAGCAAGAAAUUAUUUGACAGGAAUAUCAUCCGACUGGGAAGGCUUUGAGAAUCUUGAAGGACUCGACUUGAGUAACAAUUCUAUUUCUGGGCCCAUUCCAGCAUCAUUGUUUUACCUCCCCUCACUUUCAGGUUUAGAUCUGUCCAACAACAAAUUUUCUGGCCAAAUAACUGAACUACAAAAUGUGACUUCUCCACUAACAGAUCUUGACUUGAGUGCCAACAAAUUGGAAGGGCCAAUACCUGAGUUUUUUUUUGAGCUGCACGAUCUCUUAGAUCUUGAACUUUCAUCCAACAAUUUCAAUGGUACUGUGCAGUUGAAGAAGUUCACAGAGCUUAAUAAGCUCGUAAAUCUUGAUCUUUCCCACAACAGUUUAUCAGUUGACACAAAUAUAAGUGAAUCGGAACUUUCCUUGCUCCCCCAGCUGAACAGUUUAAUGAUGGGAUCAUGCAAUCUGCAGAAUCUCUCCUUCCUCAAGAACCAAUCCAGAUUGUCUAUGUUAGAUCUCUCAAACAACAAACUCACUGGUGAAAUACCAAACUGGUUGGUGGAGAUCACUGAUGGACUUCUCCGUUUUCUGAAUCUUUCUGUCAAUCAAUUCACGCAUUUUCAAGAACCUUAUAGAUUUGGCCGUCUAAAUUUCCUUGAUCUGCAUUCAAAUCUACUCACUGGGGUUAUUCCAUUACCACCACGUGCAGCUGCUUAUAUUGACUUCUCCAACAAUAAUUUUGCUACUAUGAUACCGCCUGACUUUGGCAAUUAUCUUGUAACUGCUUGGUUCCUCUCAAUUGCAAACAACAAAGUUAUUGGCAGUAUUCCUUCUUCAAUCUGCAAUGCGCGCUAUCUUGAAGUACUUGAUUUGUCUAACAAUACUUUGAAUAGCACAAUACCGCCAUGUUUAGCAGAAAAGAGCAACACGCUGAAAGUACUGAACCUGGGAAAGAACAAUCUCUCAGGAAAUAUACCUCGAGAGUUUUCUCAUAAUUGUCAAUUACAGAGCCUUGACCUCAGUCAGAAUUACUUAACAGGUGAGCUUCCUCGAUCUUUAUCCAACUGCACAAAUCUGAAGCUAAUAAAUCUGGGAAACAACAAGAUUAGGGAUACCUUCCCCUGCUGGUUGAGGAACUUAUCCAAUUUGCGUGUACUUGCAUUACGUUUUAAUGGUUUCCAUGGGAACAUUGAUUGCUCUAGAGUGAGUUCCAACUGGACAGCUCUUCAAAUCAUCGACCUAGCUUCCAAUAAUUUAGGGGGCAUUCUGUCCCGAAAUUCAUUCUUGGAGCUAAAUGCAAUGACUGUUGACCCAGCUGUGGCGCAUUCACGCUUUGAUCACUUGCACUUUGAGUCUAUAUCUGUUAGGCCAAUUUACUAUCAGGACACAGUCGGUCUUUUUCUUAAAGGACAAAACGUUAAAUUGGAAAAGAUCCCUGUUUUCUUCACCUCCAUUGACUUUUCAAGUAACAAUUUUGUGGGGGACAUACCAGAGACAGUUGGAGAUCUCAAAUCACUUUAUCUUCUCAAUAUUUCACACAACAAUCUCACAGGUCAAAUCCCUCCAGCAGUUGGAAAUUUGAAGCUAUUGGGAUCACUGGAUCUCUCUUCAAACAAGUUGGGUGGAAACAAGGGGCUAUGUGGGUUUCCGCUGAACAUAACUUGCAAAAACAAUUCAGCAGUGGCACCUUCAGAGCCAGAAUUUGAGGAGGAGAAAUUAUUUUCAAUGACGGAGGUUUAUGUCAGCGUUAUGUUAGGAUUUGUUGUUGGUAUUGGCAUCAUCUUUCUACCACUUUUAUUCUCUAAAAGGUGGAAACAGUCGUACAACAAACUAAUUGAUGGAUUGAUUUUAAGGAUAUUUCAGCAGCAAGAUCAAGACGGGAGAACUAGUAAAAGCAUUAGCGAAGCAUCUCGGAAGAAGGCAGCGGGGAAAUCAAGAGGCAGUCAUUAAGUUCACAAGAUGAUUGCAGAGAAAGGUUUUUGCUUCUUAUUCUAUUGCAGUCCUUUUGCUUGAACAAAGGACUUCCCUGCAGUAUGCUCUUACUAUUACUUCUAAUUGUUUCCACUCUGAGUUACCAUAUUUCCUUACCUCUCAUGAUUCAUCUUUGUUGCUUCUUACAUAUGAUAGCAAAGUAGUUUGCCUACCCAUAAGAUAAAAGCUACAAGAGAAAAUGUAAUCUCGAUUUAUACUUUGUACUUGUAGGCAACACUCAGUGCAUAGUUAUAAUGAACCUGAUAACUAUUACCGACUAAAAUGGCUCCUGCACGUUUUUUUCCUGAAAGUGAAUAAUUUAGAGGCAGUUUAGAACUAGUAUUGCAGCAAGUAGAUAAAGAAUGUACUGAUGGAAAUGCAUGUAACAUUCUCAAAAGUAAACUAAAGCACAGCAUUGUCAGAAGCCAAAAAAAGAAAAGUAUUGCCUCAGGCAGGGGCGAAUUUAGGGGGGCGGAGGGGGAUCCGAAUCCCCUUCGCCGAAAAAUUACAUUGUAUAUAUAAGGCAAAAUCUAUUUUUUACCUUUAUAUAUUAAGUUUUGAAAUCCCUUGGCACAGUCCAAAAGUGUAGCUUAGUGGUCAAGGGGUUCAAAAUCUUUGAAAGGUCAUAGGUUCAAUUCCCACUAGCUAUGAUCUUUUUUUUCUUGAACCCCCUUCGCGAAGAUCCUGCCUCCGCCACUGGCCUCAGGUCAACUUCGAAGAAGCAUUUCAACAAGCACCUGCUCGGCAUAGACAGGUCAGAGCUGAAUUUAUGCAACAAAAUUCAGAAUUGAACUCUUAGAAUAUGGUCUCAUUAUAUUGAAAAAGGCAUAAAAGGAUAAGUUUCAAAUCUCCAGCAACUCACAAAAUAAAAGUAGUUACAUUCAUUAAGGAUGCUGCUAGGCAGACAUUGAUUUUCGUCAAUGAUUAGUCAAGAGCAGACCCAAAUGUUUUUUUCCAUAAAUUAUGAGUGUCAAAUUUAUGUUUUUUAUUUUAUUAACUAAGUCAUUUUCUACCGGAACACUUUUACUCUAUCUUUACUGCACCAUUUUAACACGUCCAACUGACAUGGCAAAUAACUUUUGAGCGCGUGAACAUUAAAAAUAUACUGACAAAAAUUAUUUCAACGGUAAAAUACACCCUUCCCUAUUAUAUAAUUAAACCUUCAUUAGUUCCUCGCCCUUUCCUUAAAUCCAGCCCUAUUUCUUUACCCUUUUCUUGAUUUUCUAGUUUAAAAAUUCUAUUCUUCUCUCCAAAUUGAACGUAGUGUCGCCUGAGUGUUCGUAUCUUGGCUUAAGCUCUCAAUUAUGUCUCUCACACCAAGAGUCGAUUCAUGCCGGUGUGGUCAUGAAUGUCAAUUGAAAACUUCAGUCUCCAUCUAAUCCUGGAAGGAUGUUCUAUGGUUGCAAAAUAGAAAAGGUAAGUGAUAUUAAUUAUUUUUACUAUGUUGUCCCCAAUUUUAGUUUGAAUCAAUUUUUUCGUUUGAAGGACAAAGGGGAUGUAAUUAUUUUAGGUGGGUUGACGACGAGUUUCCUAGCCAAGCGAAUAGGGUUAUUUGGGGUUUAUUGAACAGGGUCAAAGUUUUUGAAGAAGAAAGGGCUCGACCAAGAAUAUGGAGGAAGAAAUUGGCUUCUAUUAUAGUAAUAAUGCUAAUUAUUUUGGUUUGCUACUGUGUUCGUUGAUAGUUGAUAGUUGAAGUUGUUGUGGUUUUGCUCAUGGUUGGAAUAGUUGUUGUAUUUUGUGUCUUAGCUGCUCUAUUUUGUGUUUGUACUGGUGGUUGAUAUAUUUUGGGUGUAUCUAGU